AUGACAGUUGAAGCUUGUCACCGGAGAAGACAAGCUGCCGCGCCAUCCUUUCCGUUCCGACACCGAACCUCCUUAUCAUUGUAUUCUGCUGGAAUCGUCGAAAUUGUGGUUGCUGUGAGUGGGAUUAAAAUUGGUGAUGAUGCUGCCGUCGUGGUCAUGUUGGAGUUGUCGCUGUUGUUGUGGAUUCAAAGUAUAAUAGUCGGUGAUGUUUCAGAGUCUCUGGUGGAGUUUGACAGGGCAAUUGAGUUGGACCUUCAUCAAAAGGCGUAUCUUUGGCAAAGGGGCCUUUCCCUUUACUACCUUGAUAGGGGGACUGAAUUGGAUUUCCAUUUUGUCGUAGAUUUGAAGAAGGAGCUGAGCAGUUUUCGGCUAGAUGUUGCACAAAAUCCGAAUGAUACUGAAGAGUCCAUAUGGUGCUUUCUCUGUGAAGCUCAACUGUAUGGAGUGGAUGAAGCACGGAAGCGACAUCUUGAGUACUUUUAA